AUGGAGAAUGAGUUGCAAUAUGCCGAGACGCCAAGGGAGUAUACACUCCAGUUGUUACAACGCAUUACAUAUAAUUUUUCUGAGGAACGUGAAGUUGGCCGUGGUGGGUUCGGAAUAGUUUAUAAGGGAGUACUAGAUGACGGGAAAGAAAUUGCUGUAAAGAAGCUCCAUCAGAUGCUAUUUCUUGGAAACAAGAAAUUUCAGACCGAGCUUGACAACCUUAAGAUGGCCCAACAUGAAAAUAUCGUUCGGUUACUUGGCUACUGUAAUCAUACAGGGAAGAUACUUGUCGAGCACGAUGGAAAACUUGUUUAUGCUGAAGUAGAAGAAAGAGCACUUUGCCUUGAAUACUUGGAGGCAGGAAGCCUCGACAAGCAUCUUUCCGAUGAAUCCUGCGAACUUGAUUGGCACACAUGUUAUAAAAUAAUUAAAGGAGUGUGUGAGGGUUUAAAUUACCUUCAUAAUGGAUGCAAACAUCCUAUUUACCAUUUGGACUUAAAACCUGCUAACAUAUUUCUAGACAAGUUUAUGAGACCAAAAAUUGGAGACUUUGGUUUAUCAAAGCUCUUUGAUUCAAACGAUACCUACGUUACACAUUCCCAUCCUCAGGGAACACUUGGAUACAUGCCAAACGAAUACAUUGACAAUAGACAAAUAUCACCUAAAUUCGAUGUGUUCAGUCUUGGUGUUAUUAUCAUCGAGAUAAUGGCAGGAAAGACGGGCUACUCAGAAUCUGCAGCUAUUUCUCGCCGAAAAUUUGUUAACCUGGUGCAUAAGAACUGGACAAAGCGGCUGCAGGCAAGAAUGUCGUCACGUACAUCUCAGAGAAUUAGGACAUGUAUAGAGAUAGCAUUGAGAUGUGUGGACACUGAUAGAGAGAAAAGGCCCACCGCAACCAAAAUUGUCGAUGAACUGAACAAGAUGGACACUGCCAAUUACUCGUCUACAUCAGGUACAAAUCUUUAA